AUGCCGAAAAAAAGUUCGUCUUCAGCAAAACGCAAGGCUAAAACUUCUUCUGGCCAGGAAGAGCAAGAUGAUCAUUCUUUAGUGAGCUUAACAACACUGGAUAACAGCCAAGUUGCGGCAGCAGUACUUGCGGAAGUUGCGAAGGAAGCUUCUGGAACACUCGGGGAUGUGAUGGAGGAUGAGAAAAGAGACAAUUCGAAGAGAAAUCACGUCAACAAGACAGCUCAAGGCAAGAACAAGAAAGGUAAACACAGGGCCACGAAGGACUCCCCUGCACCAGAAAAGAACGAGGAUGCCUCUGGUGUGAACAAAGAAGAGAAGGAGAUCAAGCAGGAGACGAAGGAGGAGGUAUCUAACACUGGGAAAGAUGAAAAUAGUGAAGAGGAGAAGAGGCCAGUGAACGAGAAGAAGCCAGAAGUUGCAAAAGACAACUCAAAUGAACAGGAGUUGAUCACAAGGCCAAACAACGCAAACUUUUCACAUCUCUUGGAGGGAAAGACGUUUGCGAUAUACGGCAAGACGGAUGCAGUCAAGGAUGUGAAGAUGAUGGUGGAAAGCCUAGGGGCUAAAAUUACAAACGAAAUGGGUCCGGGUGUUAUUCCAUUGGUGAGAAGUGCAAGCACGGCAGUUCCAGCCGAGUUUGACGAUGGUUACACGUUUGACUUGAUAUACUCCAUACACAAGAAUGGGAAGAUUCCAAGCUUGGAAGAGUUUAAAGUGAAAAGACCACCAAACCUUCCUGGAAACGUGAAAAUCAACACCAGCGAUCUGACCGAUGCGGAAAAGAAGGAUCGGGAAGCAGAUAUCAAAUCUGUUGCCGAGUCUCUCCCAUUGCCUCCAGCACCACAUCCGGCUGCUAAAAGGACUCGGAAAGCAUCGGCUAAAUCCAAGUCAGGCUUGGCAAAUGCCGAUUCUGAAUAUACGACACCAAAGAAGAGAUCGUCGAAGUUCACCGUGACGGAAGAUGAAGCCAUCUUGGAUCUCGUGAGAAGAAACCCAUACCUCAGAUCUACACACAGCUUCUAUGCACAGAUCGCACAAAUUCCAUUGCUUUCGAACCACACUGGAAACUCGAUCCGUUUCCGUUUCCGGAAGAUUCUCUCAAAGAGGAUUGAGUGGGUUUACAAGGUUGAUCCGGCCACGAACGAGAUCCAAUUGGACCCGGAGACAAACGAGCCAAUAAAAGUGAAGCAUCUGCCAGGUUUGUUGAAGUCGCAAUACACGGCUGAGGAGGAUUACAACCUCUGUAAAGCGGUUCAGGAUUUCAAGGAGAAUGGUAGCAGCUUGAGCACGAGAAAAAGACGGUCGGAGUCCACCGUUCCCGAGAUUGUGUUCAAGCAGAUGGCUGAGAAGUAUCCAAGGCAUUCUAUUAUGUCUUGGCGCGAUAGGUACAGAAAGUUUGCCUCUGUGUAUGGCUUGGAGAAGUAUGUGAAAUACUAUGAUGACUGCAUUGCAGCGGGAAAGAAGCCAGCGCCAAUGAGAAACUUGAGUUCGCGUGCACAGAGCAGGAAGAGGGAAAGAGAUUCUUUGUCUGUAAAGAGUGAGGAUCAGAACGCAAACAAGAAGCCUAAGAUUGAGGACUCCAAGAGAGAGGGAGAAUCAAACGUCUCAGUUUCGGUUUCAGACUUGGGAGUGGCCCAAAUUCAGGAGUUGGCAAGAGCUUCAGUGCAGAAAAGUUCCGACGAAGAGAUGAAGGAUGGUGCAUCUGAAAGCUCAAAGAAGCAGGAGACAGCGGCAGACAGUGCUUUAUCGCAAAGUGCAAACCUAUUUGAAGAUGCAGACGAGAUGAAGGCACUCAAUAUUGACUUCACGGGAUCUCUCAGCUCCCAUAAUGGUCUUACAGGUACAAUUACACUAUCUAGUCUCGAGAAAGCAGAGCCAGAGCCAAUUGAAGAUCGUGAAAAAGUGAAUGUCGAGGAGACCAUUAAAGACAUCGAGGAUUUGUUUGGAGACUUUGGUUCAGACAUAAGAUCAUCCGAGCAAUUAUGCGAGGCAAUUCACAAGAAGACUGGAAUAUCUGCUGCCUGGCUUAGUUACUGGUUUGACUGCUCAUGCGGCAUGAUCAACGUUUUCCUCGAUGUAGUUCAGAACUACUUGAAAACCGGUGAGUUGAUAAUGAAAAACCAUGCCGGAUUCUGGACUGAGGACCAGGACCGCAUGCUAUUGGAUGAAUCCAAGCUUCCGGAUCUUUACAAACUACAUGGAACCGAGUCUGUUAACAAGAGACGUGCUGCCUUGGUUGGCCAAUCAUCCAACGUUGUUAGCUGA